CCCUGCCGUGACGUCGCAGCCUCUCUGUGUAAAUGGAGAGUGACAAGAGGUUGAGGAAGACGAGAGGAAACUUUUACUGCCACUAGUUGCUCGUCUGUCGUUUGUCUUAUUGCCUGAUAACACCAGCUGUGUCGCAUCCUUCUAAACGUUGACAGUAAUCAUCUGUUAUUAGUCGUUUAGAGUGAUAAUUCACCGUGUUUCUCGUCACGCUAAAGGACGUUUUUAAAGUCGUUAAACGGCGGUUUGUCGGUUAGUCUCGUGGUUUAACUGAAAAAUACAAACAGAAGUUUUGUUCAAGAACGACGAAGAAAGAGACGCUAUUAUGACCAACAGGGAGGACGAGUAUGACUAUCUUUUUAAAGUGGUGCUUAUCGGAGAUUCCGGUGUAGGCAAGAGUAACCUGCUGUCCCGCUUCACCCGAAAUGAGUUCAACCUGGAGAGCAAGAGCACCAUCGGGGUGGAGUUUGCCACGCGCAGCAUCCAGGUAGAAGGCAAGACCAUCAAGGCUCAGAUCUGGGACACAGCUGGACAGGAGCGAUACCGAGCUAUCACUUCUGCGUACUACCGUGGAGCAGUUGGAGCUCUCUUGGUUUAUGACAUUGCCAAGCACCUGACGUAUGAAAAUGCUGAGCGCUGGCUGAAGGAGCUGCAGGACCAUGCAGACAGCAACAUAGUCAUCAUGCUAGUGGGCAACAAAAGUGAUCUACGCCACCUAAGGGCGGUGCCAACAGAUGAGGCCAAGGCCAUGGCAGAGAAGCAUGGCCUGUCUUUCCUGGAGACAUCAGCGUUAGACUCCUCUAAUGUGGAGCUGGCUUUCCAGACUAUUCUCACAGCCAUCUACAACAUCGUGUCACAGAGGCAGAUGUCAGGGCGAAGCGACUCAGACUUCUCACCAGCCUCCAACGUAGUGCCCAUCACGGUUGAGCCCACCCAAAACUCAGCCAGUAAGGGUGUGUGCUGCCAGACCAACUGAGACCUUACCACUGACCUCCUCCUUCACCUCCAGGCGAUCGAAGAAACAGCCAGAUAGACAGACAGAGACAGACAGAUGGACAGGGAGAAUGGAGAGACAGGUAGAGACACAAGGACACUUGUACUGGGGUUGUCUAUUGUCUGGUUAAGAAAACUUAAUACAGUAUGAAGAGGGGGAGCUGUGAAGGAAGGGUAGUAAAGAAGUUUAGACGGGGGUGGGUGUGGUGUGGGAGGAUUUGUGUCAACGGAAAGAAAACGGGGGAGAUGCACUGUACCCAGUGCAUUAAGCUUUUGAAAGCGGUACAUGAUCAGAACUGAUUCACAAUCUAAUGAAAAAUGUAACACAUUACGAUGUCCCUUUUGUAUCUCAUCACGAUUUCUGUCUUUGAAAACUGUCCUCCCUUUUGAAAGCUCUAUUUUACAAGCCAGUAAAUGCUUUCUCUCAGUUUCCCACCACCAGGAUAUUGGGCAAUAAAAAUCCACAUCCAAAAGACUGAACUGCAACCCCUCCGUCGCCACCGUCAUUCCCAUUUUCCCCUAAAUGUAUAAUAUUUAGAAAAUAACGUCCCUUACAAUAUUUAUUGAACACUAGAUUAAAGUCUUGUUUGGCCAAAGGGUUUGGCAGUUUAACACUAUUAGGUUUAGAUUUUCCACGCUGAUCGCUUCGCAGCAAAGGGAGCUCUCUGGCUUUUUGAUGCUUUUGCCCACAAUCAUAUCUCUGUGUGAAGAAGCUUGUAAGGGCAACUACCCCUCACUUAUACGGGAACAAGUCAUUUUUCCUAAAUGCACAUGCUGGAAUUUGGUCGAAGUUGGUUGGUUCAAGUUGUGUUCCACCAGUCCACUCAGUGCAAUAACAUCCCUCCCAACCAGUGACAUGUAAUUUCUUUUUGAUUGCUUUUGAUCUUUGUUUGGAAGGCUUUCCUGCUCUGCGCACACUUUGUACUCCACAGAUGAGUCAUGCUCUUGCAGCUAUCCCAUCUCAUUUAGAGUUAACGCUGUGCAAAGCUCAUAUCACUGGUGAAAUGCGCCUCACAAGUCGGUGGGGUUGCAGUAUUGGCUCUUCUGAUGACCGUUUCACCCCUGCCCUGAACCUUUGGGUGUAGUGGGAGAGAUUAGGGAAUUGGUUUAAAUGCAUGGACAACCCUGUGCUGGUGCUGCUGCUUCUGCUGCCUGCUUGCUGGGAUAGAUGGAUGGAUGGAUGGAUAAUGUUUCAGGGGAUGAGGUAGUGAGGGCACUCAGCCCUGCCCUGCUCCUGUGGUCUCUGAUGUACCCGAGAUGGCUUGUUUUACUGUAAGUGAAAUCCUCCACUGCCUGCUACCUACUCCUCUCUGUCUUUCUCUUCACUGUAUGUAACUGGAACAGGACUCUGCCUUCUGGGAUCUCCCUGAGGUCUGCCCUCGCUCUCACUUGUCUGUAUUUCCUGUGGAGGGGGCGGGGGUUGUAUUCAGGAUCCAGGAUUGGGUUUGUUAGUAUCUAAUAGUUUAAUAGAUGAGGAAAAGGAGAAAGGAUGGUAGUGUUAGGAGGGGCUUAAUUAAAUCCAAAGGUUACGCACAAAGAUGGUGUUUAUCCUGGUUAUGUGUUUCCACAUCAACACUGACUUCUGUUGACUUCACAGGUCUUAAACUGGGUGGUGUAGGUUAGGGCUUUUUAAACAUUUAUUCUAAUAUAUGUAUAUUUGGACUGCAUAUGUAUAAAUAAAUCUCAUUUGUUAUAGCUUGCCUCUUCUCAUCUCUAAGAUGUUUUCAAACAAUAAAGGCUGCAAGUAGCUGGUCAUUAAUGAAUGUAUAGAGGGCAGAAUUAAUUCAUAUAUUAUAUAACUCUGAAUGUCCACUGUGAUUUAAUAACAAGAUCUUUGCUAUAAAAUUACAGCUCCUCUGAUCACUGGGAUUAAAAUAUAUAUCAACAAAAGGAUCAAUUUAGCCAUAAAAACUCCCCUUUCAAAAAA